AUGAGAAGACGCGAAAAUUCACUGGAAAUCUGGAUUUUGGAAGCGAAAGGAAUACCAUUGAAACGAAAAUAUUAUUGUGAAAUAUGUUUAAAUAAGACGCUUUAUGCUCGAACAUCUGCCAAACCACGUUCGGAGAUUUGCUUUUGGGGUGAACAUUUCGAAUUCAGCCCAUUACCUGUUCUUGAUAUUAUUUGCGUAAAUUUAUAUCGAGAAGCAGAUCCAAAGAAGAAAAAAGAUCGUUCUGCAUUGAUCGGAUAUAUACAAAUAAAAAUUGAUGAAGUAUGUACGCGUCAUCCGAUAGAACGAUGGUAUGCAAUAACAGGCGGUUCAGAUGGUAAUAAAUCAACUAAUCAUAGUAAAGAUAAAGGUGAACAAGCUGCUAUACGAGUUAAAGCUCGUUAUCAGUCAGUUGAUAUUCUUCCUUUGCAUAUGUAUGAUGAAUUACUUCGUUUCUUUAGGUAUCGUUAUUUAUCUCUCUGUAAAGCACUUGAACCACUGCUUGGUGUUAAAGCGAAGGAAGAUUUUGCUACAUCAUUGGUGCGGGUAAUGCACAAUCAAAAAUUAGUUAAAGAUUUCUUAUGUGAUCUAAUAAUAUCGGAAAUUGAAAUGCUUGAUAAUGAACAUCUAAUGUUCCGAGGAAAUUCAUUGGCAACAAAAGCGAUGGAAGCUUAUAUGAAACUAAUUGCAGAGGAUUACUUAAAAGAUACACUGGGUGAAUUUGUGAAAUCAAUAUUAGAAUCAAAUGAUAAUUGCGAAGUGGAUCCAUUGAAAAUGCCUAAUGUCAACCCAAGCAUUUUGGAAAAAAAUCGCCUUCAGUUGAUUUGUAAUGUUGAGAUCGCAUGGAAUAAAAUUAUUAACAGCACAUCGAAUUUUCCAAUUGAACUGCGCGAAAUAUUUGACUGUCUUCGACAGCGUUUAGAUCGUACAAAUCGUAGAGAUCUUGCCGAUAUGCUGAUUUCAUCCAGCAUAUUUCUUCGAUUUCUUUGCCCAGCUAUUCUUAGUCCAAGCCUCUUUAAUUUGGUAUCCGAAUAUCCAUCAGGAAAAGCUGCUCGUAAUCUAACUCUUAUUGCUAAAACUCUUCAGACUUUAGCAAAUUUUACAAAAUUUGGAGGUAAAGAACAUUAUAUGGAAUUUAUGAACGAUUUUGUCGGCAGAGAAUGGAAUAAUAUGCAUUAUUAUUUAAUGCGAAUUUCAACCAUUUCUAUACAGACUGGUUUGACAAAUGUUCCAGCAUCACAUCUUGGGACGACUGAUGAUUAUGUAUUGGACACGGCUUUGAUCAAUGAUAGUUUAGCCGUGCGAAAAGCAGGAAUAUGUGUCCAACAGCACCGUAAUGGACAACUGAAAAAUGCACGGCAAAUAAUGAGCAAAUCCUUACAGCCCACUCAAAAGUUAACUUUCACACAAUACUCGAAUAAACCGAAUAAAUCAAUUUAA